AUGGUGGAUGUUUACAUCAGCUUCGACAGAUGGGAGGAUACGGUGCGGUACUCUUUUAUCAGCCACCUCACCGCCGCUUUCCACCGGAGAGGAAUAUCUUCGUUCGUCGGAGAAGACGAUGGCUCCGAUACAGAAACCAAUGGAUUCUCCAAGUUAAGCGAAUCAGCGAUUGAGAAUUCCAGAGCUUCAGUGGUGGUUUUCUCCGAGAAAUACUCGUCAUCCAAACCAUGCCUAGAGGACCUCGUCAAGGUUUCCGAACGACGGCGUAACGACGGUCUCGCGGUGGUCCCGGUGUUUUAUCCUGUAACGAAAUCGUUCGUGAAGAAACAAAUCUGGAAUUUGAACGAUGAUGAUAAAAGCGAUUUGCGAAGCUCUUUAUUGGCAACGACAGAUUUACCAGGCCACGAGUUAUACCAUAAGCAAAGUGACUCCGAACUUGUCGAAGAGAUUGUUGCUGAUGUUCGUGAAAAGCUCAAUAACACUGAAUAUAUUGGGAUAUACUCGAAGUUGUUGUCGAUAGAAAACUUGCUUCGCAAGCAACCUUGGGGUGUUCGUAGCAUAGGACUAUGGGGUAUGCUAGGUAUAGGCAAGACAACACUUGCUAAAGCUAUAUUUGACCAAAUGUUUGGUGAAUAUGAGGCUUCUUGUUUCAUCAAAGAUUUUCACAAGGCGUUUCGUGACAAGGGGCUUUAUGGUCUGCUAGAGGAACAUUUCGGUAAAAUUCUUAGGGAAGAACACGGUAUAAAGAGUUCGAUUACGAGACCAGUCCUCCUUAGAAACGUUUUACGCCGCAAAAGAGUUCUUGUUGUUCUUGAUGAUGUGCGAAAGCCUCUAGAUGCAGAGUUGUUUCUUGGAUGGUUUGAUUGGUUUAGUCCGGGAAGCUUGAUUGUAUUAACUUCAAGAGAUAAGCAAGUAUUUCCUCUUUGUCGGGUGGAUCAAAUCUAUGAGGUUCCAAGUUUAAAUGAGGAAGAGGCUAUGCAGCUGUUUUCGCGGUGUGCAUUUGGAAAGGACAAUAAACAUGAGAGUUUGCAGAAACUAUCAGUGAAAGUGACUGAUUAUGCUCAUGGAAAUCCUUUAGCACUGACUUUUUUUGGAAAAGAGUUAAGGAAGAAUCCUAAAGAUAUAGAGAGUGCAUUCCUCACGCUCAAGCAAUCUCCUCCACAUGAGAUUCAUGAUGCAGUCAAGAGUACAUAUGAGUCACUAAGUUUCAACGAGAAGAACAUAUUUCUUGAUAUUGUGUGUCUUUUCAGAGGGGAAAAAGUCGACUUCGUGAUGUAUCUGCUUGAGGGGUGUGGUUUCUUUCCACGUGUUGGAAUCAAUAUUCUUGUUGAGAAAUGUUUGGUCAGUAUCUCAGAAGGGAGGGUAGUAAUGCAUAAUCUGACCCAAGACAUAGGUCGCAAAAUGAUCGAUGGAGGAAAGAGGCGUUCUAGACUGUGGGAACCUUCAAAGAUCAAGCAUUUUCUAGAAGAUAAACGAGUUUUGGGCAGUGAAGAUAUCGAAGCCAUAUUUCUGGACCCCUCUGGCUUAAGCUUUGAUGUCAAUCCUAUGACAUUUGAGAAUAUGUACAAUCUUAGAUAUCUGAAGAUUUGCAGUUCAAAUCUUGGAAACCAUUCGUCACUACACCUUCCUAAGGGCCUUAAGUCUCUACCAUAUGAAUUACGGUUACUACACUGGGAAAAUUUUCCAUUGUUAUCCUUACCACAAGAUUUUGAUACUAGGAAUCUUGUUAUACUAAACAUGUGUUCCAGUAAACUUCAGAAACUCUGGGAAGGAACCAAGAAUCUGAAGAUGCUGAAGAGAAUCAAGCUUUGUCAUUCAAAGCAGCUAGUUGAUAUUGACGAACUUCAAAAUGCUCCAAACAUUGAAGUAAUUGAUCUCCAAGGCUGUACAAAACUAGAGAGAUUUCCAUCCACACGUCAUUUCCAGCAUCUCCGGGUGAUAAAUCUCUCUGGUUGCACAAAGAUCAGAAGUUUUCCAGAGGUUCCACCUAAUAUUGAGGAGUUGUAUCUCAAACAAACUGGGAUAAGACCAAUACCAACCGUGACCAUCUCUCCACAAGAUAACUCAUUCAUUUAUGAUCAUGGAGGAGAUUACAAAUUCUUGGAUCGGGAGAGCUCCUCUGAUUCGCGAAGUCUAUCAGUCAUGGUUUAUUUAGAACACCUCAAAGUUCUUGAUAUGUCUCACUGCUUGGAGCUUGAGGAUAUUCAGGUUAUCCCAAAAAGCUUGAGAAAGCUGUAUCUUGGUGGCACCGCCAUACAAGAACUGUAUUCGCUUGUGCAUCUCUCUGAGCUUGUUGAAUUAGACUUGGAGAACUGCAAAAGCCUUCAACAACUACCAAUGGGAAUAUGUAAUUUGAAUUCUCUUGCGGUGCUUAAUCUCUCUGGAUGCUCAGAGCUUGAGGAUAUUCAUUAUAUCCCAAGAAACUUGAAAGAGUUAUAUCUUGCUGGCACCGCUAUACAAGAAGUACCAUCAUCAAUCAAGCAUCUCUCCCAACUUGUAGUAUUAGAUUUGCAGAAUUGCAAAAGGCUUCGAAAUCUUCCGGUGGAGAUUAGUAACUUAAAAUCUCUUGUCACAUUAAAGCUAUCAGAUCCACCUGGGAUGUCCACAAGAGAAGUAUCAACACCAAUCAUCAAGAAUGCUACAACAGAGAGCAAUUUGAAUCAUCUUCUCUUGACGUUUAAUGAGAAUGCAGAUCAGCGUCAAAAAUAUACGCCUCGACCAACGCUUCUAUAUUCGAGUUUACGUGACUUGCUUCCAAGAUUUUAUGCUUUAGUAUCUUUGUCACUCUGCAAUGCAUCCUUGAUGCAUAUACCUGAAGAGAUUUGCUUAUUACCUUCAUUAACAGUGUUGAAUCUUGGUUGGAAUGAUUUCAGAGAAAUCCCUGAAAGCAUAAAGCAGCUAUCUAAACUACAUAGCCUUAGAUUACGACAUUGUAGAAAUCUCGUAACGCUUCCAGAGCUUCCGCAAAGCCUGAAACUCUUGAACUUGCAUGGUUGUGUGUCACUAGAGUCAGUUUCGUGGGGAUUUGAGCAGUUUCCUAGUCAUUACAACUUCAGCAACUGCUUUAAUAAGUCUCCAAAAGUCGCGAGAAAACGAGUAGUAAAAGGCUUGGCUAAAGAAAUCAUCAAAGCACUUGCAUUCAGCAUUUGUGUGCCUGAAGAUACAGAUCAGACAUCCUCUUAUACUUUGCGGACAGGUUCAUUUGCAACGAUAGAGCUAACUCCUUCACUACAAAAGACACUCUUGGGAUUUGCUAUCUUUGUUGUAGUUACAUUUUCAGAUGAUAGUCACAACAAUGCUGGUCUUGGCGUUAAGUGUAUAAGCACAUGGAAGUCCAAGAAAAGGGUUUCUCGUAAAGUAGAGAAAGUUUUUAGGUGUUGGGGUCCUAGAGAAGCUCCUGAGGUUCAAAAGGAUCACAUGUUUGUGUUUUAUGAGGAUGCUGAAAUGCAUCGAAAUGAUGGUGGAGGAAACGAAUCUAACAUUUUCGCUGAUCACGUCGAAUUCGAAUUCCAAACAGUGAAUGGAAGAAACAAGGUUUUAAGAGGUAAUUGCAUUGUGACAGAAUGUGAUGUGUGUGUUAUAACAGGUGCAACCGGUGCGGCGAGUUUGAGUGUAGUAAGUGCAAGUAAGGAUAUGAGUUUCAGUAAGAAGCAUUCUCCGAAGCUUUCAAGUGUGCUUGGUAAGCUUCGAUUUAGACGUACUGGGAGGUUUGUUGGUUGUGUUUGCCUAGAGUAA